AUGUUUGCCGCCGGCCACACCGUCUUGCUCAGGAGCGACGGCACGGCCGUGGCCUGCGGUCGGAAUCUGACUGGUCAGUGCGACAUCCCGGCAUUGGACGCGGGCCUGACGUACAUGCAAGCUGCCGCUGGAGGGCAACACACAGUUUUGAUCAGGAGCGACGGCACGGCCGUUGCCUUCGGCCGGAAUGAACAUGAUCAGUGCGACGUCCCGGCACUGGAUGAGGACCUGACCUAUACGCAAGUUGCCGCCGGGGGGCAACACACGGUCUUGCUCAUGAGCGACGGCACGGCCGUCGCCUGCGGCCAGAACCAAGAUGGUCAGUGCGACGUCCCGGCGCUGGACGCGGGCCUGACCUAUACACGGGCUGCCGCUGGAGGGGGCCACACGGUCCUGCUCGUGCACGACGGCACGGCCGUGGCGUUCGGCGACAACGUGAGUCGCCAGUGCAGUGUCCCGGCGCUGGACGCAGGCCUGACGUACACGCAGGUUGCCGCUGGAGAGCACCACACGGUCUUGCUCAGGAGCGACGGCGCGGCCGUGGCCCGUUGCCGAAAUUGGAAUGGUCAGUGUGACGUCCCGGCGCUGGACGCGGGCCUGACCUACACGCAGGUUGCCGCUGGAGGGCAGCACACGAUUUUAUUGAGGAGCGACGGCGCAGCAGUGGCUUGCGGCCAGAACCUGAAUGGUCAGUGCGAAGUCCCGGCGUUGGACGCUGGCCUGACCUACGCGCAAGCUGUCCUCGGGUUCCAUCACAGUGUGCUGCUCAGGAGCAACGGCACGGCCGCAACUUGCGGGCUGAGCAAUUACGGUCAGUGCGACGUCCCCGUGCUGGAUGCGGGCUCGACCUACACGGCUCCCUCACCCUUCCCGUUGUUGUUCCUGCAGGCGUCGUUUGAUGGCGGCCAUGUGCGGUUCAUGACGCCCAGCGGGGCGGAACACUCGAGAGUCCUGGCCGGGCCUGCCGCCCGCCUCGCGGACGUCCACGGCCAGCUCGUGGCCGGCCAGCGCCCCGGGGCCUGGCGCGUGGACGCGGUCCUGCCCGGGGGCGGCCUGCUGAGUGCCGCCCCGGCCGCGGCCACGGUGGCCGCCGCGUUCGGGCCCGCGGGUGCCCCCGAGGCCCAGGCGGGGCCGCAGGGAGCCGAGCGGCCAGAGGGCGACGCCAGCAGCCGUGGGCGCCAGUGCCAGUUCGUGGCGCCGUGCCAGUGCAGAAUAGCAUGA